GCAGAGAAUCUCUCAGGGAGGGAGAAGGAAAACAAAAUAUCCUGCACCGUAUGCACCGCUGCAGGUUACUGGAGUGAAAGUUUUUGCCUGGGUAUUACAGGAUCUUUUUUUUUUUUUUUUAACCACAAUAUCAGUUUCUUUACACAAAUAAUCCUAUUUUCAUGGUUUUCUUUCUUUCUUUUGGGGAAACAUUGAAUUGUUUAUUUCUUGGCCCUACAUGGCAAAAUGUACAACCAGCAAUUAAGGUUUUGCAAAAUUUUAUUUUCAUGACACAUUUUAGUGAUGUCCUGUGCAAGAUUCCCUGAAUGGUAGCUGUUGGGUUUGAUGCAGCUUGACUGCCUAAGCUCUGGUAUAGCUUUAUUUGCAUUUGCAGUGACUAUCUGAUUACAGUCCAGUAGAAUCUCUGGUACCAUGUAGGCAGCUGUACAUAUAAGAAAAAAGGAAAUACUUUACAAAGCACUGCACUAUAAAAAACAUAGGUAGAUAGAUAGAUAGAUCGAUGCAUACAUACAUACAUACAUGUAUUGAUUGAUUCCAAAAAUAUAAAAAUCCAUAUAUACUGGCUAAAAGUUAUACAGAGAACAAUACCUAGCUGUCAGAGAACGGAAUGUGGGGGUAUGUAGAAGGAUUCUGAGUCGAAAUUACAUCCACUGUACUGAGAAAAAGAGCGAUGGUAUUUGCUGAUGUAAGCACUUUUUUUUAUAUCUCCUUCGUAAAUCUUAAACUGAGUAUUACUGAAUUAAAAGGCAGACAGCUCGUGCUGAUAUCUGUAUGCUGGGGGGGUGGGGGGAAUGAUACUCCACAAACUGGUCUUAUUUUCUAAGCGAAAAAUUGGUCAAUGUGUCGUGUGUUGCUGGGUCCAUUCAGAAGAUGUGUAGGGAGUGGUUGGAGCAUGCGCGCUCGGACAGCAACAAGUGGCAUGUGUCGAUUCGGAACUGAGAAGAACUGCGGAACGUGGUGCUGACGUCACCGGCCCAGCCAGGUGGCAUUCCGAGUGGAGCGCGCGGACGUGGAGGCACAAUCAAAAUUCCAACUCCGCACGCGAGGCAGAAUGUGAAGCGCGCCUGGAGUCACGGUCCCGAAGUCGCGUCCUUCUGCAGAGCAAAGCUCCUAUUCAGAGACUGCCUGAGAAAAUAUUUCCUUAUUUCGUUAUUAAGACCGAAAACGACCGUAUCGCGGAUCCGAGAGGGAGGCAUUCAACAUGUCUUCUGCACAAGUCUCCUCGUCGAGGAGGCAGUCGUGUUAUCUCUGCGACUUGCCCCGCAUGCCGUGGGCUAUGAUUUGGGAUUUUACCGAGCCGGUGUGCAGAGGCUGCGUGAAUUACGAAGGCGCGGAUCGGAUCGAGUUUGUCAUCGAGACCGCGCGGCACCUUAAGCGGGCUCAUGGCUUCCAAGAGGGGAGAUCCCCGGGACCAGCGCCGCCGCCCACGGUGAAGGCACAGGCAGCCAUGGCGGCCAAGGAGACGGUGCAGCUGAACCAUGUGGACGCCUCGUCUAAGCAGCAGCAGCAAGGGCUCGAGCGCUACUCUCUGAGCACGGAGAGAUCGCGCUUCGAUUACUCCGCCAUCGGCGCUCACGCCGGACGCCUCCCGAACGGACUCGGAGGACCGAACGGAUUUCCGAAAUCAGACGACGGGCCUCCCGAGCUUAACCGCCAGAGCCCUAACUCUCGCCGAAGCCACGGCCUGGUCACGGUGCCUGGGCAAAUGAACGUGCCACCGAAUCUACUCCCGCAGACCAUGCUGAACGGCCCUCCAUCAGCAGCGGGCAUUGCGCAGCACAGCAUGGCCGGCAGAGCUCCUCCAACAGCCAGCAUGAGCACAGCUUUGUCCAUGGCGUCGCAGGCGAUGUCGGAACAAGGUAAAAGACCUGGUUCCGUGUCCAGUACGGACCAAGACCGCGAUCUGAAAGAGAAGCAGCGCAACGCGGAGGCUUUGGCCGAGCUUAGCGAGAGUUUGCGGAACAGAGCUGAGGACUGGGCGAGCAAGCCUAAGAUCGUAAGGGAGACUUUAAUUACACUUUCGAACUGCACGCCCUUUGAUGUAAGGUUCAAGAAAGACCAUUCACUUUCGGGCAGAGUGUUUGCUUUCGACGCUGUGUCUAAGCCCGGUAUGGACUACGAGCUGAAAAUAUUUGUUGAAUACCCAAGCGGAUCUGGUAACGUGUUUUCCAGCGCGUCCGGGGUGGCCAAACAAAUGUAUCAAGACUGUAUGAAAGACUAUGGCAGGGGGCUCUCUUCUGGGUUUAAGUAUCUGGAAUAUGAGAAGAAGCACGGUUCCGGCGACUGGCGACUCCUGGGCGACUUGCUGCCGGAGACUGUGCGGUUCUUUAAGGAAGGACUUGGCGCCGAGAUGCUGCCGCAGCCCUACAUCGACGCCAGCUGCCCGCUGCUGCCUUCGGCGCUCGUGAACAUGCCGCGCGCCAUGCCGUCCGCCAGUGCGCUCAGACCGGGCAUGCGCAAGCGCAAAGCGUCGCCUGAACCCGACUCGGCCGAGGGAGCGCUCAAGCUCAGCGAUGAGCAGCAGAGGCAGCAGUGGAUAGCCAGUCAAAGCGAGGCGCUGAAGCUCACCAUGGCGUCAGGCUCGUUCGUGGCCUCGCACGGUGGCCCUCCGCCCCUCGGGCCCGUGCACUCGAGCCGUGCCACGCCGCCCGAAUCGGCUCCGCAGAACGGACAGUCGCCCAUGGCCGCGCUCAUGUCGGUGGCAGACACGCUGGGGAACGCGCAUUCUCCAAAAGACAGCAACUCCGUGCACUCCACCACGUCCACCAGACACAACAGCAGCAGUCCGGUAUCGCCCGCUUCCGUGUCGGGACAGAGGCGCUUGGCUUCCCGUAAUGGAGAGUUAAACAUGGCCGGGACACCCUCUCAGUCCGCUUCCCAUCAAAACAUGGAGCAAGCGCACCCACAAAACAUUCCUGAUUCGCCCAUGGCCAACAACGGACCGCUGUGUUGCACCAUUUGUCAUGAACGCUUAGAAGACACACACUUCGUGCAGUGUCCCUCCGUUCCCAACCAUAAGUUUUGCUUCCCGUGUUCACGCGAGAGCAUCAAAGCACAGGGGGCAACCGGCGAGGUGUAUUGCCCCAGCGGAGAGAAAUGCCCCCUGGUAGGUUCGAAUGUGCCUUGGGCUUUCAUGCAAGGCGAGAUCGCGACCAUUUUGGCUGGGGACGUUAAAGUGAAAAAGGAAAGGGACCCCUAAAAAUGAUUAUGCUUCCCGAAUCAGAAACGUAAAUCGAGUCGAGUAUAUUAUAUACAUGUUGUGAAUAACUGACAAAGUAGUCCUAUGUACAGAGACCCCCUCUUUCCGUCAUAUAUUUCAGUGUUUUGAAACAAAGGUACAGUGGGCAGUGUGAUGUCAUGGCUAAUUUGAAGGAGGAAGAGGAGGAGGACAUGUUUGGUCGCGAUGUAUUUUGGUGGCAGUGUUAACGGUACGGUGGGGAAGCACUUUGCGCUCACGUUUUUAUUUGGGCUCAUGCACUUCUUUUAAGGUGAGAUCCCCUCCCCCCACACCCCCUAUAGAAACCCGGAUUGUUACCGGAGCUGUUUUGUCCUAGUUACCACCGUAAACAGGAAGGCGCGAGGCAUGACUCGGUUUAUAGACCGUUAGUGGGCAUUUUUUUUUUUUUUUUUUUUUUUUUUGUCUUUUGGUCUCUUUAUAUUUUUGACGUUCUUUACAGAAAAAAAAGAAAAGAAAAAAAACAACAACAACCAAUGUCUCACUUUCAUCUCGUGUUCUGAAAGUACAAAUAUAGUUUCCUACGUGUUUUUCAUUCUCCUCCCUUUUGCUUUAAAGGUGCACGGAUGCUUAAGAGUAGAGCAAAAAUACUGUACAUGAACUUAAAUGCUCUGUUUGUUUAUACAUUUCUGUAGUAACAGAAGACUUGUAACGUGCCUUGGAGCUGAGUAAAUUGUAAUAAAUUCAUUGAUAUUAAUAUAUUUGUCAAGUGUCGGUUUGUUCGGUUUGACUUUUUGUUUCCACAUGCAAGGUUUAUAUGGGUUUAUUUACAUCCAACAAAUAUAUCUCUUAAAACUGAGAACUGUAGUGGCAAGUAAGUGUGGCUCUGCUCUUUGGUAAAGCUACAAGUUCUGCAGAAAAUACCAUUCAGUCAUUACUGUUUUGUGUGUCAUGUGGCUAAUAUUUUUACUGAGCUUUUUAUAGCCUUUUAUUGCACAGGAAAAAGCGCUAUUAUUCAAUUUUAAUUAUUUUUUGUUAUGUUGAGCUUUUUAUAAACUUGCAUUGCAUGUGAUUGCUCUAGAAGGACAGAUGUUUUAUUGACUUUUUGACCUCAGAAGCAUAAAAUCCCACAAUGUUUCUUUCUAAUAUGAUGGGCAAUUACUAACUCAAUUGCAAUGAGCAGAAUGUAAUUUGCACAUUUUACAUUUUCAGUCACCUUGACCUAAAAAUGUACCUUUAAUGCAAUCAGCAGAACUAUGACAAAACUAGAUCUGUGCUGUUUCUAUUUAUUUAUUUAUUUAUUUAAUCAUAUUACAGCAGUGCUAACAGUGUGAGUGUACAAAAGCGACUCGUUUUCCCAUCCUGCAAUCAUGCAUUUAGGAAGGCUGGCAUUCUCAGUGAGCGCUAUCGAAUCUAUUUUCGCUGCAGUGGCGUUCUUGUUAGUGUGCGUGUUUUUCCUGUCAUGCUUGCAGCAACAAGUUUGAGUAUUAUAAGAUGAACGUCAAUCCGAUCCGUAGUGUUUAAUGCAUAAAUUCCCUCCAUGUAACAUUUGUAGGCUGAUCUGUGUUCUAGCCUAUGCUGAAAAUUACUUGUUCUUGUAUGUGUGAAUGUUUGUGAAAGACAGUGAAGGAAAGUGCUUGCACAUGCCUGAGAUGCCCCCAGGGAAACAUUCCUCAUUUAGAAUUCAGCUGGCGGUCACGUGAGCCGUCAGUUGUAAUCUUGCAUUGGCUGCCGAUAGGAGGGAAACCAGUUGGUGCGUGGCUGUUGCCAUUACUCAAGCUAAUGCUCUUUUUUUUCCCUUCCAGUGCCUCAGACAAAUGGUUGGAAGCACAAUUCCUUCAUGGCAAUUAGGCAUGAGCGGGCCUCCAGACACAAUCACAAAGGGCUUUAAGGAAAUAGUGUGUAUGCCAGGAUAUCUCACCUACAGACUGCUUGAACCAUACUAAAGCUACUCUAUCUUUUAUAUGAAAUCUAUAGUCCUUGUUUUUACCAAAGCCUGCUAUGCUGUACUGGUUACUUAGAAAUCAGGAAGCUAGCUGAAGCACUUAUAAAAUCAUAAAUUAUAAAAUUGUAUGGUAGAUUAAUACACUAGAAAAAGAAAAAAAAACUCUAUUGAUUAGUGGUAAAUGUUGCUCAUUGUUUAGGUUGACAAUUUUCUUCAGUCAGAGUGCUGAAUAAACUGUAAUCUAUCCAUCUGUGACCUAAGCAGAGCUUUGUUUUAUGAAUUGAGCAUAAAUUAAUGGUGACUCAUAAAGUUAGGUAACUGGAUAAUAAAAAUAGAAAUGGUCUGAAAUGAAUUGUUAUUUUUUUUGAAUAGCAUGCAGAUUUGAUGAACUGACUGUCUUAUGUACAUAGUGUAGAUGAUUGCACAUGUCCCGAUUACAUGCGUUAAUCUAUAUUUUAGUAUUUUUCAGGUGACCCAUUUGAAAAUAGUUUUGAGCAUCAUAAUUUGGAAAAAUACUGAGUAGCGAAAACAGUUUUUUUUUUGUUUUUUUUUUCCCUUUCCAGUUUGCACUCUCAGUGUAAUGCUCCAAUCUCAGUGUAAUGAUCCCUUUAGCGCUGUGCUUAUUGAAAGUACAGUCAGAGAUGUCAUCUGGAGUGGUGCAUUGCAGAGACGGGGCACCACCUGCUCUAUUAGUUGGAGCUAAGGUGUGGUGACUCGGUCAGAAUAGACUGCCUUCUAUUGUCUGUAUGCUGAUUAGGAUGUCAGUGACUGUAGCAACAAUAUUUUGCGCAUGCAGUAUGCAUAGUAAAGAGAAACACAAACAUCACCAAGACACUUAGCUUGCAUAGUGUUUGCAGUCUGCAUGACUUCAUGGAACUCAGUGCUUGUGCACCAUUUGCAUUCUAAUAUAGGUUCAUUUGGGAUUUCCAGGCAAUAGCAUGUAAGUAGCAGCAUUUCUGCAUCACUUUUCGUGACAUUAAGGAUUUUUCACUCUCUAGCAGGCAUCACUUGUAAUUUUACCCGGAGUGACCUGUCACUGAGCACGCCGUCAGUUUUUGUUAGUACUUGUUACUGCCAUUGGGAAUGACCAUCACCAGGAAUGACCAGGACUUGGAGGAUCUCUUGGAAGACAGCACAGAGAGACAAUAAACAUUUCUGUUCUCUU